CCAACACAACACAAAGGAAAACCAUUUAGUACCGUUAAGGAAACCCAUUAAAGCCCUUCCUCUCAUCGCCUCCUCACCUUGCAAUUCUGAAUGGCUUCUAUUCCUCAGUCUUACUCUCAUUUCUCCUCCUUUGCCGAUGAUGAUCUCUACGCUCAUGAGUCUCUGGCUCAAGUCGUUGAAGCUGGAAGAAAUGUGGGAGGUCCAUUGUGGAGUGCUGAGGAAUCAUUGCCUCACCGUGGGAUGUUGUCAUCACAGCAAUAUCAGAAAGCCAUCUCUUCUGUUCCGACAUUCCCGACAUACAUGGCCGACUUCCAUGAAGAAAGGAUCGUGCCUGCAUUCCCCGAAGCUGUGAUCAACUAUGGAUCAUCGUACGGGAUCGUCGACAAACCUCAAAGCUUCAGCAGCUUAUUGUCGUGCGAUGAUCAGUCUUAUGUCUGCGAAUUAUUACAGAAGGAAGCCUGCCCAUUCAUGUCUGGUGAUUUCAAGCCAGUUCACAGUGCCGCUGACGACCAUUGCAAAUGGAAUAUAAAGGUUCAAGGAGAGCCAUUCCCUGAAGAAUGUAACCUCAAAGUUGGGAGAUACUCAGUGGAAGAAAGAAAACAUAGAAUUCUCAGAUAUCUGAAGAAGAGAAACGAGAGGAAUUUCAACAAAACAAUUAAGUAUGCGUGCCGCAAAUCCCUAGCGGACAGAAGAGUUAGAGUACGUGGGAGAUUUGCGAGGAACAAUGAUUCCUGUGCGGAAGAAAUGGCAGCAGCGAAGAAGAACGAAUAUCCCCAACUAGAAAAAGACUUGUUCUUCGGUGAUGAUGUUCAGAUGAAGCAAGAUGAGGAAGAUGAGUGGGUGCAGGAGGCAUUGGCAGAUCUACUGUAUUUGCCGUAUACGUCGGCGGGCGAUAGAUAUCUCGGUGCAUAUGAGACCAUGCUCUAAGCCUCAAAGCGAGAGACAUUUCCUCCAUCUCACAAAGGCUGCCCAGAUCCAUGUGAUCCUAGCAUUUCCUUCUAUUGAACCAAUAUAUGUGUCCACGAGUUUACUAUAUGGUUAAGUCACCGAAGGAUUUUGAUGAGUAUGGUUUUUAUUUUCCUGGAAUAUCUGAAAUAUAAUUUCCUA